AUGUUAGUGGGAGGAUUAUUUGAUCAACAGCAGAGAUUUCGUCCUGAAGCGGUCGCACUCGUUCGGAUUCGAGCGAAGCUCGGCAUUAGCGGAGAGGAUGAUGGUGACGGAGCCAGCGACGGCGUCAUCGAGGCAAUACCACAGAGGAAGCUUCUGAAGCAAGCAGCCGUCGCCCUUCAGUCGAGCGCGAGAUUCCUCCAAUGGCAACAUAGGAGGAUCGUCUCAGCGAAGCAAGUCGAUGACGAGUCCAAUGUUCAUGAGAUGUUCUGGGUUUUCCGCGACGUUGAGUAUGUACUCAUAAAUGUUCCCAAAAUCAAGUAUGCACUCGUAAAUGACCUUAUAGACAUGAAGUUCCUUUGUGCCACCUUAGCUCUCUUCUCUCUUCUUUUGUUUGCUAAAACUAUAGAAUCAAGAGGAGGUGCAGGAAUUGACUGGGAAUAUAUCAGGAAAGAGCAACCCCUUAUGCCAGGCCUCCUUGCUGAACAUUCUGAUUCAACACCAAAAAAAGAAGCCAACGGCCAUGAAAAUACAGAAAAACCUGUUGUUGAGACUACGGAAUUUGAACCCAGACCGUUUAUCUCAGCUUACAAUGAUGAAGAAGGCAAAGCAGAGUUUUCUGCCAAAGACUCUGAGCCAAAGUCCCAGGCUUACCCUGACAAGCAGCCACUUGAGUCAAAAGAAAAUAAGCAGUCAUUUGAUGAAGACUUUGAUCCAAGGAAAUAUAUAUUUCUUUUUACAAUGACUAAUAGAACAUCAAGUGUGAGUUGGUGCUAUUUAAUAAUAAAAUAA